CUUGAGAUUUGCACCUGAGUAGGCGCCAACCAUCACAACGGCCGCCGCGCCGAUGGCAUAGAUUAGCGAGCGUUGUCUGUUCCCCGACAUGAUCUUUGGUUCGGCAAUGAUGAUGUUAAUGAAUCUGUGCGAUCGAGAUACGGGUUUGGAGAAUCGGUACGUAGAUCUGCUUUGCACGUGGACGCUGUGGCUUGAGCUUCUCCGUGCCCUUCAAGCCCUUGACGUAAAUGGUGUUCAUCACCACUUUUCGUCUGGAUCGCGACUCCCGCAACAUAUAUCCUGGCCCCGCAACAAAAUGGUGUUUGUACGCGCUGAUGCCUUUCAUUUCCUUACGUGUCAAGGUUGUGCACAAUGCGACCUUGGACGCUAAUUACGCCCGCUUCAAGAGGCAUUGGACUUGCCUUGACGAGACAUAUCCUACGAACAACGAACGUGCCCGUCGUCGCCACGGCGCGUAAAGACGUUGGCAAUGCACGAGGGAAUAUUCUUCACGAGUUGAGGGAUGUCGACGAGUCUAGAUUGACCGUCCUGCCGCUUGACGUUACGGACGAAUCCAGCAUAAUAGAAGCCGCGUCCGUCAUAUCGCGGCUGCUUCCCAAGGACGAGAAUCACCUACACCUCGCCUUCGCUAUUCCGGGAAUCCUACAUCCGGAAAAAUCACCCGCUCAAAUCGAUUACAGCAACGCUCUCGAAACGUUCAAGGUCAACGCGCUAGGACCUCUCAUGCUCAUCAAGCACUUCUCUCCUUUCUUACCGACGAGAAAAGACCAGCUGCCGCCCAGUACCGAAUCGGACAUGUACGAGGGUUUGAAUGCCAGCAACGCGACGUGGGCGACCAUGUCCGCGCGGGUCGGGUCCAUUUCGGACAACGGCCUGGGUGGAUGGUACAGCUACCGAGCUUCCAAGGCGGCCGUCAACCAGAUUGCGAAAACGUUCGACAAUCACUUGAAGGCCGUCGCUGGCGAGCGUGCCAUCUCCGUGGCGCUGCAUCCGGGCACGGUGAAGACGGACCUGUCGAAGGAGUUUUGGCACAGCGUACGAGAGGAUAAGCUGUUCAGCCCCGAGUUCGCGGCGGAGCGGCUGGUGAGGCUAUGCACGAGGGCAGCGGAGGAGGGAGGGAUCGGUGUGCAGGGCAGGGGAAGGUGUUGGGAUUGGAAUGGGCAAGAGAUAGCGCCCUAACACGCGACGGGAACAUGUUCCUGAUCGGUUCAAUUUCGACGUCGUGCUAUUCAUUCCCUAUAUCUGCGGUGCUUCUCGCCACCGUUUUACGAGUACAAUUCACGCG